AUGUCUAAAAAUGACGAGCUUUUAACCGACGACUAUGUCGCAGACCUCUUGGCGCAGGAGGCCAGCGACUGCUCUAUCAAAUAUUCAGCCAUGGGCAUGGAAGCAUAUCGCACGAAUAAGAAACCUGCGAACAUGAUGAAACCAAACACCCGAUUUUUACGACAUAUUAUUAAAGACACCGACAAUCACAACAAGGCACUUUUAGCCAAAGAGGCCGCCGAGUCCAAAGCGCGGUUGAAAGACUUGGAGCGCACCGAAGAGCUCAAGCGACGCAAAACGAACCCGAAUGUCAAUGAUAUCAGAAGGCGACAGAUGGGCGAUAUUCAUGCCAUCCUAGGCGGUAAAAGGCGAACAAAAACUGAAGAUGAGGCCGGACCUUCUUCAAGGAAAGAUUCGAGACGCAGCGAAAAGGAUCGAAAAUCAGAGCGCGAACGAGAUCACAACGAAGACGACCUUUUCACAGACAAACGCAACGAUCGCGGACAACACGGCCGACUAUCUCGGGAAGAUCGUCACAGUAAGACCGACGAUGACUCUAGGCGGUCGGACAAAUCCCGCAGAGAACACAGACGACGCGAUAGAUCACGAAGCAGAGAUAGAUCCUCCGAUGAAGAAGGUCAACAUCGCCGCAGUCAUAGACGGAGAGACAGGUCUAGAUCACCUACUCGCCGACGACGGUCUCGAUCACCUAGGGAACCGAAGAGUAAGCAUCGGCAUCGGUCACCUCUGGAAACUAAGGAAGACCGCAAACGGAAUGAUGAGGAAGAUGGGGACUCCGAUGUCUUGGAGGAUCUGAUCGGACCCGUACCACCCCCGAAAUACCGAGGACGAGGAACAGUAGGGGGGUCUUCGGGUAUUGAUCGACGAUUUUCCGAGACAUACGACCCCAAGACUGAUGUCCAAAUGGACGAGGACGAAGGUGGUAAUAGUUGGGACGAUGCUGUUGAGGCGUUUAGAGACCGCCAAAAGCUACGGCAAAACCAGGAAGAACGUAUGAGAGCAGCCGGUUUCGCGGAUGAGCAGAUACAGCGGGCGAGUGGCACAGAUGAGAAGGCAGCGGAGAGCGUGCAAUGGUCCAAAGCUGGAGAGAAGAGAGAAUGGGAUGUCGGCAAGGAGAUCGGGUCCGAUGGAGUGUCACAACCAGAAGAUUAG